AAAAUUAAGUGAAGGUGGUACUUUGAGAAGCCAAAGCCAGUCUCAGACUUUGUGGCCUUGUCAGGGUUUCAGUUCCCAGAUUGAUAAGCCCCAAUUGUCCUUAGAUCAGUGAUCAGACCCCACCCUCCCUCUCCGUUUAUAGGAUCCACACCACGCCCCGACAUAUCCAUCUUUCUCCUCCUUCUUCCUUCCCCUUCAUUCUCCUACCCCCCUCUCUCUCUCUUUCAUGGACAGAGCUUCAGAGACUAGCACUAGAGAGAUCCAUGACUUCAUGAACGUCGAUUCUUUCUCUCAGCUACCCUUCAUCCGCCCUGCCCCUCUUAAAGAAAAGCCCAUCAAGCUCUUCGGCAUAGAAUUUGGCACCCCCGAAGCCGCCACCUCAGGCGCCGCCGCUCCUCCGACCGACGAUUCCGAAUCGGCCGAAGAUUCAAAUGGGAAGGACAGCUCCGCCAACGAGAACAGUGAGACUAACCGGAGAUUUGAAUGCCAUUACUGCUGCAGAAACUUCCCAACCUCCCAAGCCUUAGGUGGCCACCAAAACGCUCACAAACGAGAGCGCCAGCACGCCAAACGAACCCACCUUCACAUGUCUGAGUCUCCAGUCUACAGCCUCGUCAACUACAGGUCCUUCUCUUCGCCGACUUCAACGCUAACCACGCCAAUGCCUGCUACUAGUUAUCCAACUUCUGCUGCUUAUAGCGCAGCUAGGUUCUAUGGAAGCCCAUAUUCUCAUCAUCAUCAUCACCAGCCCAUCAACGGAAGCCCCUUGGCCUUUUGGCGAAUCCCCACACUCCAAACUAACCCUACUUUCAACCGUGACCGUUCGUUGAAUCCAUUUCCCUCAUUUGCCGGCGAGGAUAUCAACGUGAGGGCCUCAUCACUGCAGCUUGGCGGGUCUGCUGCAUUGCAAAACCGGUACGUCCAUGACUCCAAACCCAGCGUUCAAGACCAUUCUGCACGAUUGAGAGAACUUUCACACUUGUGGAGAGCAUGUUAAGCCUAGAAGACAGUUGGGGGUGCGCAUGAGCAUUUUGUCGGAACACACGUGUGGGAAAAUAAUGAAAUUGUGAAGACAGAUGGAGGUUUAUGAGAGAGGGUGGGUUUCCGAUUCGAUGCGCAAUGUAAUUGAGAAAGGUCAUGAUGAUAAGUUUUGAUGGUCUGCUGGAAAAAAUUGCAGGAAAGAAAGUGAUAUUUCCAUGCCAUUUGCGGGCACACAUGUAACUCCCCACACUUCAAAUUUAUGUUUUUUUAAUUAUU